AUGACCCCUACCACAUAUGAAAAGCUACUGUCUUGGGUUGGCCCUUUAAUCACACGAAAAUCAACAAGAAUGCGUGAGCCAAUAGGGGCUAGUGAAAGACUUUGUGUUACUCUGAGGUACCUAGUUUCUGGAGAUGCUCAAGUUAGCAUAGCUGCAAGCUAUCGAAUAAGCCCUUCUGUUGUUGGUCGUAUUAUAAAAGAAACUUGCCAAGUCAUAUGGGACACACUAACUGAGAAAGGUUUUCUUAGUGUCCCAAAUUGUGGAGAAGACUGGAAGAAAAUUGCUAAUACUUUUGAGGAAAAGUGGAAUUUUCCUCAUGCUCUUGGAGCUAUUGAUGGAAAACAUAUUGUCAUACAAGCCCCAGCUCGUGGAGGGUCAGACUUUUUCAAUUACAAGAAAACUCAUGGCAUAGUCUUGAUGGCAGUAUGUAAUGCAGACUACAAGUUUCUGCUUGUGGAUAUUGGUGAUGCAGGACGGCAAAGUGAUGGGAGUGUUUAUACAAACAGCCAUCUUGGUUAUGCUAUAUUGACAAUAACCUCUUAA